CAGUCUCUUCUAAAGCUCAGCUCAUGAGAGGAAAUGAAGCAAACAGAGUUAUUAGUGUCUCACAAGGAGGUCUGUACCACUGCAGAGGAGGGAGAGGAGAUCCAGUUUACUACACAGAGGACAGCAGUGACGUCACAGUUACAGAAACUCUUCCCAGUAAGCCCACUGUGACCCUGCAGCCAUCCUGGACUCAGAUAUACAGCGGUGAGACAGUCACUGUCAGAUGUGAGAUUCAGGGAGGUGAAGGAGCUCAGUGGACGUAUGAAUGGAGAGCAGCCAAGUUAAACACACCUCCAACAUCCAAUGAACACAGAAUCAUCAGAGCUACUGAGUCUGACAGUGGAGGAUACAGCUGCCGGGGCAGAAGGGACUAUUUCUUCUCAGAGUGGAGUGAUAUCAUCACACUGACUGUAUCAUCAAGUAAACCCAGAGUCACACUGACAGCACAAAGUUCAGUCAUACCAGCAGGGGGCAGUGUGACACUGAGCUGCUCUGUGGAGGGCUCUGCUGGCUGGAAGUUUGACUGGUUCAGACGGGUGGACAGCGCGCGGCUCGGGGUGAGCUGGAGGCUGGCGCGCCAGCGGGACCUGCCAAGUUGGAGAUGGAGGUCGAGGUGCGCGGGGGUCCUGCCUGAGGGCGGCAUGCUGUCCGCUUCGGCCGUCUGCCCAGCUGCCUCUGAGCCCCGGCUCACUUCCACUCCUGCUCCGCCGCCUCUGCUUGCCAUAUGGGUGGCCAUCAGGCCAGCUCCCGUGCUUCCACUGGAGGCGCGGGCGACCGCCAGAGUGGACACUUCCCCGUCGCUGGGCCGGGACAUGGGGCACCGACGGUCCGGGCCGAUUCCCUCGCCUGCUCGCGGGGUGGGGUGA